UCCACCUCCAAAUGGAUAGCUUUAGUUGCUCUAAUGGCCUCCAAUUGGACUUCAACCCAUUAGAUUCAGAGGAAUUGAGAGAGCAAGCCCAUGUAGUUGUGGACUUCAUAGCUGAUUAUUAUAGAGAAGUGGAGAAAUACCCAGUGAGAAGCCAAAUGGAGCCCAAUUAUCUCCUGAAUAAGUUGCCGGAAAAUGCCCUUGAUUUGCCGGAAAGCCUCGAAACCAUCCUCGAAGAUGUCAAGAGAUACAUCAUCCCUGGCCUGACUCACUGGCAGAGCCCCAACUUCUUUGCGUACUAUCCAGCGAGCAGCAGCACUGCAGGGUUCUUGGGCGAGAUGCUAUGUACGGCCUUCAAUGUGGUUGGGUUUAGCUGGAUCACCUCCCCUGCGGCCACAGAGUUGGAAUUUGUGGUCACUGAUUGGUUGGGGAGAAUGUUGUCGUUGCCGAAAUCCUUUUCGUUUUCCGGCACCGGGGGUGGUGUCAUACAUGGAAGUGCAAGCGAGGCCGUGCUCUGCGCGCUGGUUACCGCAGAAACAACUCUUGAAGAGCUUAACCCCCCAAAUAUAAACAAGCUAGUUGUCUAUUGUUCUGACCAGACCCACUCAGCCCUCGAGAAGGCAGCCGGGCAUCUCCCCGGAAAACCUCCGGUGCUCCUAACUUCGGCAGCCUCUGACUUUGCCCUCUCCCCUGGAGCUUUUGAUACCGCGCUAGUGGCAGAUGUGGCAGCUGGGCUCACCCCUUUUUUCUUGUGCGCCACCGUUGGGACCACCUCUUCUGCUGCGGUGGACCCUUUGGAGGAACUCGGGCAUGUGGCAAACAAGUACCGGGUGUGGGUCCAUGUCGAUGCGGCAUACGCCGGCAACGCGGGCAUAUGUCCUGAGUUCCGACACUAUCUCAACGGUGUAGAGCUCGCUGAUUCUUUCAGCAUGAGCCCACACAAGUGGCUCUUGACCUACAUGGACUGCUGUUGUACAUGGGUGCGGGACAAUGGUGUAGUGGACUAUAAGGACUGGCAGAUAGCCCUGAAUCGAAGGUUCAGGGCAAUCCGACUGUGGCUGGUGCUGCGGAGGCAUGGUGCGGUGAGGUUGCAGAGCCACAUACGGAGCGAUGUGGCAUUGGCAAGGCGGUUUGAGAUGUUGGUUCUAGGGGACAUAAGGUUCGAGGUGGUUGCAAAGAGGAUGUUCUCAUUAGUGUGCUUUCGGUUGGUGAGCGGCGGAUCGGAGCUCAAUGCAACAUUACUCGAGGCCGUUAAUGCAACCGGCCACGCCUAUAUGUCCCACACUGUGAUUGGGGAGGUCUAUGUCCUACGAUUUGUGGUCGGAGGUGCAUUUACUCAAGAGCGGCAUGUGGAUGAAGCAUGGAAGCUGAUACAAGAGGAAGCUGAUGCCCUGCUUAUAUGACAUCGAAAUAUAUAUUUAUGUCUGAUAUUUUAGAAACUAUAUGGCACACUUACAGUGGUUAAAUAUUCGCUUUUUAUUGGUUAAAUAAUGGAUUUGUUACUCAGAUCCACACUAUGAUCGGGGUUCUAUGUCCUACAUUUGUGGUCGGAGUUGCACUUACCGAAGAGCGGCAUGUGGAUGAAGCAUACAAGAGCAAGCUGAUGCCUUACU